UGCGCUGUGUCUCUGGGACACAGCGGAUCACCGAUCAAUGGAAAGAGCCGAAGAUGUCGGCUCUGUCAUGUGAUCAGCUGUGUCCAAUCACUGCUGAUUGCAUGGGACAUGUACACUGAUCAUCAGGGCACUGAUGAUCAGUGUGCUCUGAUGAUCAGUGUAGCCCCAGCACUGCCACCUGUCAGUGUCCAUCAAUGCCAGCUGUCAGUGCCCAUCAGUGCCACAUCAAUGUCACAUAUCAGUGCCUACCAGUGCACAUCAAUGCCACAUAUCGGUGCCCAUCUGAGCUGCCUUUCAGUGUCACCUAUCAGUGCCAGUCAGUGCCACCUAUCAAUGCCACAUAUCAGUGCCAGUCAGUGCUGCCUAUCAGUGCCAGUCAUUGUCGUAUAUCAG